AGCUCCGCCUCCAGAUGGAGUUGGCAGCGGCUGCGGGUUGACGUGUCUAUUCCUCGGCGUCUCUCCGCGGACACAGGAGCCAAAGCAGCGCCUCGGGCAAUGUCGCACCAGACAGGAAUACCCGCUACCAGGGAAUUGAAGGACUUCUUUGCAAAAGCCCGUGGUGGAUCUAUUCGCAUUAUAAAGGUUAUCAUCAAAGAUGAGCAGUUAGUGUUGGGAGCGUGUAGUGCACCAUUGAAGUCAUGGGAUGUGGACUACGACCACUUCAUUCUUCCCCUUCUGGAAGACAUGCAGCCCUGCUACAUCCUUUACCGUCUGGAUACCAUGAAUGCACAGGGUUAUGAAUGGCUCUAUAUUUCUUGGUCACCUGAUCAUUCCCCAGUCCGGCAAAAGAUGCUGUAUGCAGCAACUAGGGCCACUGUAAAGAAGGAAUUUGGUGGAGGCCACAUUAAGGAUGAGCUGUUUGGAACAAUAGAGGAAGACAUUUGUUUUAGUGGCUAUCAGAAAUAUGUCACUUCCUGUUCAGGGCCAGCACCACUUACAUCAGCUGAGGAGGAGCUCAAGCAGAUUAAGAUUAAUGAGGAUUCUAGCGGCACAAUGGUUAAGACUGAGAUCAGUGUUGAAAGUAAGCACCAGACAAUGCAAGGUAUUGCAUUUCCAAUCCAGGAAAGUGCCAUUAAGGCACUACUCUUACUUAAAGAUCGGAAGAUAAAUUACAUCCAGCUGAAACUGGACAUACAAAAGGAAACCAUAAACCUGGUGCACACAGAUCCCACUGAAGUCUCAGAUCUGUCAAGGAGAAUCCCGAAUAAUGCUCCCCGCUACCACUUUUUCCUCUACAAGCAUUCACAUGAGGGGGACUAUCUAGAAUCUAUUGUGUUCAUCUACUCCAUGCCUGGUUACAAGUGCAGCAUCAAGGAUCGAAUGCUGUACUCCAGCUGUAAGGGUCCUCUGCUAGAAGUAGUGGAGCAGCAACUGAAACUGCAAGUUAUCAAGAAGUUGGAGAUAGACGAUGGAGGAGAGUUAACAGCAAAUUUUCUUUAUGAAGAAGUUCACCCUAAGCAGCACGCCUUCAAGCAGGCUUUUGCAAAACCCAAGGGACCGGCGGGGAAGCGAGGAAUGAAGCGGAUUAUCAGAGGACCCGGGAAUACAGAAAAUGGAGAGGACUUUUAAACCCAGAACCAAAGGAAAUCAGGAUUCGAAACUUUGAACUUUAUACUGAUUAACACUGAAUUUAAAUCUUACACUAUUAGGAUACUGAUUUAAAUCAGAUCAAUCUCAUUUUUAUGCCUUUCCUCCCCAACUAAUGUUAUGCACCUUUUUUGAAUUUUACCUUUAAUUGUGUUUUCCGCUGUUCGUUACAGAAUGUCUGGGAGAGCUUUAGGUGUGUAUACAAAAUUGCCAUGAUAUCAUGCUAUGGAAACAAAUAGUUGAGUCUGUUUGCCAGGCAAUUGUUACAUGGCAGCAAUCUGAAAUCUAAUCCCAUUUUGCACUUGUGAAAAGAUUAUGUAGGGAUUAGAUGAUCCCACUCAUCCCAUGUGUUUACUGAAUACACUACAUUUAUCCCUGAGCAAAAGGAUGCAGCGUACAGUGUUCCACAUUCGCAGGGAAUUGAUUGUGAUGCUUUUUACGGUUUGGCUGAGAUCAGCCAAAUAAAACGUCCAAAUUAAAGCUGAACAAAUUGAUUUUCUUAAGAGCAGAAGAUAUUGUCUGUGGUCUGAGAAAUCCAAUCUUGGAAUGACGUGACUGGUAUUGGGGAUGGAGAUUGUGAUUUCAAAAUGUCAAAAUAAUAAAUUCUAGAGAUUCUAGAGUUUGAAUAUUACGAGAUUGGUGUAAAAGCCAACAAAGUAAUGCAUUAGGGGAUUGAACGCAUGGUCUGUGACCUCUGAAAACAUCACCAACUUGUCCGCUCCCUCCACUCUGCACAGGGCUGCUCAACGUCCCCUGCCCUGCCUGCUCCACUAUCAGUGGUCAGAUCUUCAGCCUUUUUGCCGCCACCCUCUGGAACUCCAUCCUACAGUCCCUCCCCCUCGCCCCCUCCCUUGCUUCCUUCAAGGCCCGUCUCAAGACCUUCUUUUUCGCCGUGCCUUUGGUCAUCUUCCCACCUCCUUGUCCACCACACCUCUGAUCCCAGUCCCAGCUUUGUUGCAAACCCCUCAUUUUCUAACACCUUGGGACAGCCUCCCGAUGUGAAAGGAGCUAUAUAAAUGCAAUUUCAUGUUGUUGUUGUCGCAUUGGACAUCUUGAUACUUAAACACGCUCCACCGUCUUGUCAAGGAUUUGACCCCUUAACCACUACUAGACUGACGGACUCUCUGGGGCCUAUUUUAUGCUUAUAAUACCUGUGGAUUGGGGGAAAGUUGAAUGCACAGCACCGACUGCCAUUGAAAAUGAACAUGUACAUAUAAUAAUCAUAAUUCUUAUGAUAAUCCUUACAUUUGAUAUAGUGUCUUUCACAUCGGCAGGACGUUUCAAAGCCCUGUAAAGCAUUUACUGUAAAGUGUAGUGACUGUGUAUUUUGUAGGCAAAUGCCUACAUCUAUGUGAUGUAAUAAAAGGACAUCCCCUCCCAUUA